UGACAGCACGUGUGUGUUUUGGGCAAUUUGAUUUGAGAUAAAUCAACUUAAUUGUGUACAUAAUUCAAAAGGGUAAAAACAAUUAAUCAGCAAAGCUGGUAAAAGUGCUCUUCAACGCAGCACGUAUGCGUACGUCUUUUUGCAGUGAACUUGAAAGUUUGUGUAAUUUUUGUAAUUGUAAUAAAUGGCCAAGAAAAGAAUUCUAAAGCGAGAUGAUGAAGAAGGAUCUACAAAACGUGCAAGCAUGAGAUCUCCAAAUCCAGAAAGAAGUGUUCUGAACGAUGGUUUGCUAAAUUUGUAUAAAAAAGAACUUGAUUGCCAGAAAGAAAAAGCUUCCAGUUCGCAAGAUGAAUCUAAUACAGAAAAUAAGUCUAAAGAAAAUUCUAUAGAAACUUCCAAAACACCAUCAAAAUCAGGGAAGCGAAGUAAAAUUGCUGCUUUAACCCCUAAACAAUCAACUGUGAAUUUCGAUAACAUAGGAGGAUUGGAUAAAGUUCUUAAAAAAAUCCUUCGCAUGAUUAGGCAUUAUACAGCUUUGCCAUUGUAUAAAAAGAAUGAUAUUUCACCUGUAUCAGGCAUUUUACUUCAUGGUCCCCCUGGAUGUGGAAAGACAUACAUAGCUCAUGCAAUUGCUGGGGAAAUAGGCAUUCCAAUCAUUGAAGUAUCUGCCACUGAAUUAGUUCGGGGCAUAUCAGGUGAAUCAGAAAGCAUGAUUCGAGACAUAUUUUCUGCUGCUUUGGCUACUGGUCGCUGCAUUUUAUUUAUUGAUGAAAUUGAUGCAAUUUGUGGGAAAAGAGAAACAAAUGAAAAUGCUAUGCUGAAACGCAUGGUAACUCAAAUGAUCAAAUCUUUUGAUGAAUUGAGUCAAAAAGAUCCUGAAGGCAAUAUUGUAGUGAUUGGGGCUACUAAUAUGCCUGACUCUCUUGAUAAUGCUCUUCGUCGAGGCUCACGAUUCACUCAUGAGAUAGCUAUUGGCAUGCCUGAUGAAGAAGGACGACUUAGCAUUUUGAAAGCAAUUUGUAAAAAAAAUCUGUGUUCAGAUGAGGAUUUUCACUGGGUAGCUCAUCAUACUCCUGGAUAUGUUGGAGCUGAUUUAAAAACUCUGGUAUCUACUGCUAGGAUGAAAGCAUUAGAUAGGGUUGAUUCUUCCUUACCAUCAGAUCAAAAUAGUGAAAAUGUAGAAGAUUUUGAAGAACUUCUAGAUGCACAACCUUUAUCUGAAGUCAGAAAAUGGUUUCAAAAGUAUAACAACUCAGAAGAAGAAAUUGUUCUUACAUUAAGAGAUUUUAAGGCUGCCCUUAAAGAAUGUGUCCCUUCUUCUAAAAGAGAAGGUUUUGCAUUUGUGCCUGAUACUACUUGGGAUGAAAUAGGUUCUUAUGAUGAUAUUAAAAAGGAGUUACAAAGAAGCAUAAUGUGGGCUGUAGAAGAUCACAAAUUUUUUGACCGCAAUAAAGUGUCAUCAAGCAGAGGUAUAUUACUGUAUGGUCCAAAAGGCUGUGGUAAAACGCUGCUUGCUAAGGCUGUUGCUAAUCAGUGUAGCAUCAAUUUUAUUGCUGUGAAUGGGCCUGAGCUUUUAAAUAUGUAUGUUGGGGAAAGCGAAAAGGCAGUACGAAAAUGCUUUGAAAGAGCAAGGAAUUCAGCUCCUUGCAUCAUAUUUUUUGAUGAAUUUGAUGCCUUAUGCCCUCCCAGGUCUAGUUCAAAAGAGAAUGUGGCCAUAGAAAGAGUAGUAAACCAACUAUUAAUUGAAUCAGCUGGAAUAUCUGGACGAAAACAAGUGUUUUUAAUGGCUGCAACUAACAGAUUAGAUAAAAUUGAUUCUGCAAUGCUUAGGCCUGGGCGUUUUGACAAAGUUCUUUAUGUUGGAUUGCCUUCUCCUGCUGCCAGAAUAGAAAUACUCAAAAGCCUUAUAAAAGGAAGAACUCUCGAAGAAGGGCUUGAAUUAGAAAAAAUAGCAUUAGAUCCAAGGUGUGAAAAUUUUAGUGGUGCUGAUCUUGCUAAUCUUAUUGAGGAAGCAGGUUUAAAAGCCGUGGGGGAAAUGAGGAAUUCAGGACAAAAGCGGGAAGGCGUUUUAGUUCUUUCUAUGAGACAUUUUGAUGAAGCAUUUGCAGAAAUCAAACCAUCCAUAUCUGAACAGGAGAGGAGAUAUUAUGAAAAAUUAAGUGCAGGACAUUCAAAACAUAAUUAAGUUUUUACAUUUUGUUUUUAAAUUUGUUUGUAUUUUAUGUAUCCAUUUUUCAAUUAAAA